CACGUUGAGGGGCGGGGUCACCAUGACCGGCGGGGUCGCUCCGAGAGGCGGGGUCUCCCUGCGUGGGAGGAACCCUCGGAGGAGGGGUGUAGCACCCAAGGGCUCCAGCGACCCCGAUGGUGGUGCUGUCCUACUGGGGAAAGGUCCCUCCGAGGGGCCGGGCCUCCGCGGGGAAGGGCUCCUGGAGGGGCGGGGUCUUGCCGAGGGUGGGACCUCGCCGAAGGAGGAGCUCGCCUGCAGUGGGAGGUGGCUCUGUGGAGAGAGGGUAGUUGGGAAGGAGGAGAGGGAGGGAGGUCCGUGUGGCGGGUCGCUGGGCGGAGGCACUGGAGGGAGAACUUUAUUCGAGGGGGGCGGGAUGGAGUGAGGAGGAGCCGGGGCUGGCUGGCCGAGGGCCCACCGCGGCCCCCGGGCACCACGACCGCCCGCGAAGGUAGAAGGCGUCGGGGGUGCAGAGGUUGCAGGAGUCGGGCGGAGACCGGGAAUGGGCAGGCGGCGCCGGGGCGGACGCCGGGGCGGCGGGCAGGUGGCCGGGCCUGAGCGGGCUUCUGCUCUGCCCCGCUCCUCGGUGGAGCGCAGACAGCGGGCUGCUCCCUGAGCCCGGCCCUCCGCCGCCAGUGCCCCGAGGGCGGGGAGAAAGGACUCCCAGGGCGGCCGGCGACGUUCGAGCUGCGCGUACGCACAAUCAGCCCCCGUUCCAUUCAGUUGUUCAGCUCGAACCUGCACGUGCUUCUCCCGACGCCGCAGCCCCCGCGGUCGCGGCCACCGGUCGCGGCGUGCGCACCUGGGGGGCGUGGCGCUGCCCCGAGGCCCGGCUCGAAGGAGUUAAGCGGAGGCCCGGCCCCGCCCCGCCCCCAGCAGGCCGCGGAGCCUGAGCCCCAGCGGCGAAGCGGAGAGCCGCCGCCCGCCUCCGCCUGCGGGAGCCAGCGCCUGCCCGCCGGCGCCCGGGAGCGUCCCCGGCCCGCCGGCCAGGCCAGCCCAGGCCGUGCGCAGCGCGGCGCGGCGUCCGCCCGGGCCCAGCGAGCCGGCGCGGCGGGGGCGGGCCCAGGAUCUCCGGCGGGCCUUCCAUUCCCCCGGGCGGGAGCGGAGCCCCGGCGCCCAUGGCGAGCGCGGCCUGCCCGGGACCCGGGGACCCUGCCAUGUGAGGCAGGCCCGGGCUGGGGCCCGGCCAUGGCCGGGGAACGGCCCCCACUGCGGGGCCCUGGGCCCGGGCCGGGAGAGGCGCCGGGGGAUGGGCCCCCCGGGCCGGGGGGCGCGGGCGGAGGCCCGGGCCGGGGCCGCCCCUCCUCCUACCGGGCCCUCCGCAGCGCCGUGUCCAGCCUAGCGCGCGUGGACGAUUUCCACUGCGCCGAGAAGAUCGGGGCCGGCUUCUUCUCUGAGGUCUACAAGGUUCGGCACCGACAGUCCGGGCAAGUCAUGGUGCUGAAAAUGAACAGGCUCCCCAGUAAUCGGGGAAAUACGCUACGGGAGGUGCAGCUGAUGAACCGGCUCCGGCACCCCAACAUCCUAAGGUUCAUGGGGGUCUGUGUGCACCAGGGGCAGCUGCACGCUCUUACAGAGUACAUGAAUGGGGGGACCCUGGAACAGCUGCUCAGCUCCCCCGAACCCCUAUCCUGGCCUGUCAGGCUCCGCCUGGCUCUGGACAUCGCCCGUGGCCUGCGGUACCUGCAUGCCAAAGGGGUAUUCCACCGAGACCUCACAUCCAAGAACUGUCUGAUCCGACGGGAAGACCGAGGCUUCACAGCUGUUGUGGGUGACUUCGGGCUGGCUGAAAAGAUUCCUGUGUAUAGGGAAGGGGCGAGGAAGGAGCCGCUGGCUGUGGUGGGUUCUCCAUACUGGAUGGCGCCAGAGGUGUUGCGGGGUGAGCUAUAUGAUGAGAAGGCUGAUGUCUUCGCUUUUGGGAUUGUUCUCUGUGAGCUCAUCGCUCGAGUACCUGCGGACCCUGAUUACCUACCCCGUACUGAGGACUUUGGCCUGGAUGUGCCUGCUUUCCGGAGCCUAGUAGGGGAUGACUGCCCACUGCCUUUCCUGCUCCUGGCCAUCCAUUGCUGCAGUAUGGAACCUAGCACUCGUGCUCCCUUCACUGAAAUCACCCAGCACCUGGAAUGGAUCCUGGAGCAGCUCCCUGAGCCAGCCCCCCUCCCCAGGGCUCCCCUGACACACAAGCAGGGCUCUGUUCCAAGAGGGGGUCCCUCUGCCACGCUUCCCAGGCCAGACCCCCGGCUCUCCCGCAGCCGGUCCGACCUCUUCCUGCCCCCGUCACCAGAAUCACCCCCCAACUGGGGGGACAAUCUGACUCGAGUCAAUCCCUUCUCACUACGGGAAGACCUCAGGGGUGGCAAGAUCAAGCUCCUGGACACACCCAGCAAGCUAGUCGCACCCCUGCCCCUUGUACCACCAUCACCACUGCCCUCCACCCAGCUGCCCUUGGUGACCACUCCAGAGACCCUGGUCCAGCCUGGGACACCUGCCCGCCGCUGCCGCUCACUACCGUCAUCCCCUGAGCUCCCCCGACGUAUGGAGACAGCACUGCCAGGUCCUGGCCCUCCUGCUGUGGGCCCCUCAGUUGAAGAGAGAAUGGAGUGUGAGGGCAGCAGCCCUGAGCCGGAACCCCCAGGACCAGCUCCCCAGCCGCCCCUGGCUACGGCCACAGACAACUUCAUCAGCACUUGUUCCUCAGCCUCCCGGCCCUGGUCCUCUAGAUCAGGAGCUCCCCUUAACAACAACCCCCCAGCUGUGGUGGUGAACUCCCCACAAGCCUGGGCUGGGGAGUCCUGGAACCGGGCCCAGCAUAGCCUGCCCCGGGCGGCAGCCCUGGAGCGGACAGAACCCUCACCGCCCCCUUCAGCUCCCCGGGAAUCCGAUGAGGGGCUGCCGUGCCCAGGCUGCUGCCUUGGCCCCUUCAGCUUUGGCUUCCUGUCCAUGUGCCCCCGCCCCACACCAGCUGUUGCCCGCUACCGCAACCUGAACUGUGAGGCGGGCAGUCUCCUCUGCCACCGAGGGCACCAUGCCAAGCCACCCACACCCAGCCUGCAGCUGCCUGGCGCACGCUCUUAGCAGUGGGGCCUCUGGUCUCAGGCCUCCAACUUUGGCAUUCAGGACGCCCUGUGAGAACAGAGUGCAGAUGCUGGACAGUGCCAGCCCCAGAUGGGCCACCGGCUCUUCUCCCUGUAUAGGGGAACUUCAGCAUGGACUCGAGAGACAGAACAUUUCCUAUCCAACCCCUGGGCUUGCUCUCCCGUGGGAAUCACUGAACCAGACACAGCAUUGCUGACACAUGAGACUAACACAUGCAAAUUAUUUAAAAAUAUUUCAAUAAAACUGCCUGGCUGGCUCCGGGCUGCCCCUA